GCACACCCAGAUCUCGUGCGCCUCCUCCUCAUCCCCUUCCUUCCACUUGACAGGUCUCUCCACACCCGCGGCUGCAGUCCACACCCAAACCCUAGCCGUCGCGUCGGCAGCUUCCACCGCCAUGGACGACCCCGCCGCCGCAGCCACCGCCUCCGCCACGGAGGUUGGUGCGCCCGCAUCACCGCCCCCGCCGGCCGCCGAGGAGGCCGAUCCCUCGGCGGAGGCGGAGGCCGUCCCGGAGGCGAAGAGGUGGCCCGGGUGGCCGGGGGACAACGUGUUCCGGAUGGUUGUGCCCGUGCUGAAGGUCGGGAGCAUCAUCGGGCGGAAGGGCGAGCUCAUCAAGCGUCUCGUGGAGGAGACCAAGGCCAGGGUCCGCGUCCUCGAGGGCCCUGUCGGCGCCACCGAGCGCAUUGUUUUGGUGUCUGCAAAAGAAGAUCCGGGCUUGGAGCUGCCUCCAGCUGUGGACGCUCUGAUUAGAGUUUUUAAACGUGUCAAUGGAAUAACAGAUGGAGCUGCUGAAGGUACCCAGACAGCUGCUGCACCUGGUGUAUGUGCUGCCCGGUUGGUGGUUCCUGGAGCUCAAGCAAUUAACCUCAUUGGGAAGCAAGGUGCUUCAAUUAAGGCAAUCCAGGAGGGCACGGGUGCUACAAUAAGGGUUAUAUCAGUAGAUGAGCGAGAUCGGCCUUUCUAUGUAACUGACGAUGAGAGGAUAGUUGAGAUACAGGGUGAAACAGAGAAAGUUCUAAAAGCACUGCAAGCAGUUUCUAAUCAUCUCCGGAAGUUUUUGGUUGACCAUAGUGUACUUCCAUUGUUUGAGAAGACUAAUGCCCCAGUAAGUCAAGAUCGCAGUGCUGAAACUUGGAAUGAUAUGCCACAUCAUUCAAUUGUUUCUACACAAGUAAAUCAACAACCUGAAGUGCGUGAUGAAUAUGUUCUUCCAAUGAAAAGGGACCAUUUGUAUCUUGAACGGGAACCGCUGGUAGAACAUAACAUUCAUCGCUCAGGUGUGUCAUUAUAUGGGCGAGAUCCUGCCUUGUCAGCAUUACGACCUUCUGGAAUGCAUGGUGCUGGCCCUCUACUUACACAGAUAACACAAACCAUGCAAAUCCCACUUACCUAUGCAGAAGAUAUCAUAGGAGUCAAAGGAGCAAACAUUGCAUACAUACGGGCUAACAGUGGUGCUGUUGUCACAAUUCAAGAGAGUUUGGGAAGCCCUGAUGAUAUAACUGUUGAAAUAAAGGGGACAUCGUCCCAGGUACAAUCUGCUCAACAGCUUAUCCAGGACUCCCUGGCUACGCACAGAGAACCUGUGAGGAGCAGUUACCCAGGAGGAUUAGAUCCGUUAUAUAGGUCCAGCUACCCGUAUGGCAGCUCGGCCUACCCGUCAUCAUCGCUGCCAUCUUAUUCUAACAUGGACGGGAGUGGAUAUUCAUCGUCAGGUCUUGGUGGUUAUGGUUCCACUUACCGCUACUAAGAUGGUUGCUGUUUGCCAUCAAGCUUGAGGCCACCCUGUCUCCACUCCUGGGUCAUCGUUGUGUAUGUCAGCAAUAGUUGCUCUGCUGGCUUCAUGUUCCUCAGGGUGGUACUAUUAUAGUCGUAUCGAAUCGGGGUGUGUGAUUUAGUGUCUACUUGAUUUGUAGAUGUUCUUAUUUCGAGGAAGUCUGUUCUAGUCUUUUUGUGUGCUGACUGAUUUGAUGAUAAUCUGCCUGUGCCGAAAGGAAUGUAAUUCAACGUGUGUUCA